UUUUAAUAAGAUGUGGUUUGGAUUUAAAAAAUAGAAUGACACCCAAAAUACUUAGCAAGUUCAACAAUUUCCUGCAUAUAGACACAAGGCAGCUCAUUAAUAAGGUUAGUGCAUGUUUAAUAUAUAACGUUAGGAGGUCUUAACUUAUCAUUUGGGGAAGAAAAUUCUGAAACUUAAAAAGUGGCAGCAAGUGUGUUUAAACAAUUGAGUGGCAAGUUGAUAACAGGAAAUUUCGGAUCAUUGAUGCAAAUUAGCAAGCCCAUCGCAAUGUCUUUGGAUAUGAGUUUUUUACAUGGAGUGGCUUUGUAAAAAAUAAUAAUAUAAACUUAAGAGGACACACAUUUGGUAAUUUAUUGGAAAGAUGCAGCCAGUUAUCACCAAUGGAAUAAAUUAAAUAUAUCUCGGCUUAUCAAGUAAGAAUAGUAAUCAUCAUAUAGAUAUCCGGAUUGCAUUGCAAUGGGGAAAUUACAAAAAUGAAAUCACCUUUGGAUCCAUUAGUGGGAGAGACAAUUUAAGUAAUGUUAUAGUAUCUAUGAGUGUAGUUGGUGAAAGAGGAUGGCACAUAAUUUUUUGCAGAAUAAACAUCUUUCGAUCCACCAAUUUGUUUUUAUUACAUAUAGGGAAAUAAUUAUAAAAUAUACGGAGAUGACAGAUUAGAAAUAUCAGUACACAAGACUGUCAAUUCAUUAACAGGAGUGCAGAAUGGUAGAUAAACCAUAAUAUUCAAUAAUGGUGCUGUGUAUAAGUGUACAUAGAGACCAACAAUGUAUUGAACUCUAACUAUAUAAAAUUAAGGGAAAUAACUGGAUUGGUGAUGGGAGAUCGACUUUUGAAUUGGCAAGGCAAGAUGGUCAUAGAAGGACCUGGUGUGAAAUCAGUUAUUACAUUCAAUUACAAUGCUGAAGGGAUGAUGUCCAAAAUUACUUCUUUCUUCAAGUCUUAGGAAUAAGCCAAAAACUUCGACAUUGUAGAGAUAGACAUUUUUGAAGUGCAAACUGAUGAAAAUGGAAAUAAAACAGAGUAAUAUUGUAUAUUUAUUAUUGUAGAACUCUCAUUUAAUAAGGAAUUGGAUCCUGGUUGGAAGGAUUACUCUUUGGAGAAGAGAAACUUUGGUAGAUAGACGAAGAAAAGAAGCCUUGGAUCUCGCCUUUAGAAGUAUUAGAAUCUGAUACUACCAAAAGAGAUGAUCUCUUAUUUAUGAAGAGUCAAAAGAUGGAGGACGCACAAAAGUAUAAUUUAUUUUAUCUUUUUUAUAGAGCCAAAUUGUAAUUGGAAGAAUAGAAUUUUAAAGACAUGGAUAAUAGAAGAAAAAAAUAAUGAAUA